AUGGUGUUGUUGAACAUCAGAGUUUGGUCAGUCAUUUCAAAAACAUUUGCAUCAGCCUUUGGGCGUCAGUGAUGUUUCACCUGUUGGCAUAUUAGCUGUCAUAUUUUUGUUAAAGCAGUGCACUUCUUCCUUUGACACUGCACCGUCUUUUUUUAAUGGAAGAGUUUGGAAUCGGUUGAAGCUCCCGAAGAUUAAAUCCCUUGCCACAGCGCUUCACCUUCACAGCUGAUCCUGGAUCAGAUCUGCAUUUAAGGAAGACCCCAAAGGAUCCAGACUCUAACUGGUCAAUUGUGGCUCAGUGAAGUCGCAGAACUCUUCAGCUUCAAACUAUGUUUGUAAAAGUGGCCGGCGACGGCAACGCUCUCACCAUAUGUUUGGGGACCGUCCUCUAGCGCCCCUCCUGAUUUGAAAUGCCAGCCCCCUGCCCAUUACGCUUUUCUCCUGCCCUGAGCUCUCAAGGGGCAUCAUGAACAGCUACAGAGACAGAGGGGUCACCUGCACCUCCGCUGACCUUCUCGAAGGGGGAGGGGACGCAACAUUGACACAGCACACUCCAUUUCGCCACACCCCCAAUGGCCACCCAGACCCAACCGUGCAACCCCGCGUAUCUGUGCCGAAGAUGGGGGUCCGGGCUCGCAUCGCAGAGUGGCCCCCCCGCCGAGCGCAGUCCCGAGAAUCACUACUUGAAAAUGGACAAAGUGGCAGCAACCAUAAUGAAGACGACUGUGCCACAUCCAUCUCCUCGUCCGUUCUGUCAUCAGAUGUCGGCCUGGUGAGGGGUGGGGUCGCCAGAUUGCCUCGACGACGGUCAAAGGAGGUUGAGUUGAGAGGGUUUGGCAUGGAAAGAGGUUCACCUUUGAGCCUCCGAGUAUUCCCCCCGCUCAGGCAACGCUCAAACAGUGAGGUGACACUGAGUGAACAGGACGAGAAUGAGGUGGAAGUUAGGGGCGGAGGUGGGAUGGCGAACCUGUUCAGAGAGUACGGCAGCACGUCAUCCAUUGACAUCCAGGGCAUUCCUGACCAGAGUUUCUUCGACAUGCUCAGCCAGUUCCAUCAGGAAAGACCGGACCAGCGCAGCUCAGCGCCCACCAAACUCAGAGAGCUGCUUCGUGCGCCUGACUUGCCACCAAGCGUACCUCCUCCCUCAGCACCAUCACCUGGUCUCACGCUAGGAGAUGAACGAGGCACAGCAAGAAAAGAUGGCGCAGAGCGCGUGAGGAAGAAAAGCGGUGGGACAGAAUCUUCUUUAGGUACUUCUUCGCUGUUUCGGAAACUUCGUAGCUCCAGUCGAGGGGAGCUCGAUGGUGGGAAAGUGGACACGACUGAAGAUGGUGGAAGUCGGGGUUCAUCAGACGUUUCUUAUAAACCGUGGAUUUGUCCGAAAAGCUUUGUCCACUUUGAUGCUCAGAGCAUCCUUUUCGAUCUUCACGAAGCUGCAGCUCCACGGAGCUAUGCCACACAGAGGAAGAACACGGCGACUGGCGCAUCAGCGGCUUCAGUGUCUCUUUCUGUGAACAAAACUCUGAGUGCAAACGAGCCCAUAUAUUCCAGCAUUGAGGAUCUGACCAUGAGCCUCGAUCCUGGUGGCUCCAUCUCUUCGAUGGGCAUGAACUCUAUGGACGUGCCACUGGGAGCGAACGGCACCAGUCCUCUCCUGCUGUGCUGUCCUCACUUCCUCAAUGAGACAGGAGGACACGGCGAGCGCAACAUCAGCUUCUUGAGCACCUCAGCGGAGCGAGAAGGGGGUCGAGGCUGGCUGCGUAAGAGUAAUGCCAGCGUGUCGGUUCUGGAGGUUGCUGUUGACCAGCAGGUGUCAAGACUGGAGAGACUCAAGCUGUACAGCAUAGAGCAUGUGGAUCACGGGGCCAGAUACUACAGAGACUACUUCCACGGGAAAGAACACUCAAACUACUUUGGGACGGAUGACAAGCUGGGCCCCAUUGCAGUCAGCAUCCGCAGGGAGAAACUGGACGAUACCAAAGACUUGAAGGACCAGUACCAGUACCGCUUGAUAGUCCGAUCAAAUGAGCUGGUGACCCUCCGAGGGUCGGUGCUGGAGGACGCAGUGGCGUCAACUGGGAGACACGGAACGGUGCGAGGUCUGCCUCUCAAAGAAGUCCUGGAGCAAGUUGUUCCCGAACUCAAUGUCUCUUGCUUGAGGUUGGCACUUAGCACGCCGAAGGUCACGGAGCAGCUGUUGAAACUGGACGAACAAGGGUUGAGUCAGAAGCACAAGGUGGGUGUUCUGCUGUGCCGAGCGGGCCAGAGCACAGAGGAGGAGAUGUACAACAAUGAGGAGGCGUCACCAGCCUUCUCCGCGUUCCUGGAGCUGCUGGGGGAGCAGGUGCUUCUCAAAGGAUUCACCAAAUACGCCGCUCAGCUCGACACAAAGACUGACUCUACAGGCACCCACUCGCUCUACACCACCUACCAGGGUUAUGAGGUCAUGUUCCACGUGUCCACCAUGUUGCCAUACAUGCCCAACAACCCACAGCAGCUUCUACGAAAGAGACACAUUGGGAACGACAUAGUCACAAUCAUCUUCCAAGAGCCCGGAGCGCUGCCUUUCACCCCCCAAAAUAUCCGCUCCCACUUCCAGCACGUCUUCGUCAUUGUCCGAGUUCAUAAUCCCUGUUCUGAAAACACCUGCUACAGUGUUGCUGUGACAAGAAUGAAGGAUGUCCCUCCCUUCGGCCCACCCAUCCCUAGCAGUGUCACCUUUCGGGACACUGAAACGUUUAGGAAUUUCCUUUUGGCCAAAGUGAUCAAUGCGGAAAACUCAUCACACAAGUCUGAGAAGUUCCACACGAUGGCGACCAGAACCAGACAGGAGUACCUGAAGGACCUGGCUGAGAACUACAUCAGUAGCACGCCGCUGGACUCGGCAGGGAAACUGAACAAUUUAAUUUCCCUGGCUUCUAAGAAACGUGAGCGCUCGAAGGCAAGAGAGGCAGCCGAGCUGGGAGCGGCGGGCGCCGUGGCCUGGAGGGUCCUGGCCCAGGACUUCAGUGGAGGCAGCACUGAGCUCCCCUGUGCUCUGGGUUUGUCUGCUGAAUACGUUCUCCUGGUAGACUGUUCCACCAAAGAGGUGGUCUUCAACUGCUUCUGCGCCGACGUGAUCGGCUGGACUCCAGAGCGCUUGGCGCUGAAGAUCUUCUAUGGCAGGGGAGACCACAUCGCUGUGAGGGUUCCAGAGGGAUGUGCUCAGGACAUCAGGGAGGUGGUGCAGAGGUUAAAGUCUCUGACGGUGGGGUGUGAGACGGUAGACAUGACUCUGAGGAGGAACGGUCUCGGACAGUUGGGCUUCCACGUACGACUGGAUGGCACCGUGGCUGAGGUGGAAGAGUAUGGAUUUGCAUGGCAGGCGGGGCUGAGACAAGGGAGCCGAUUGGUGGAGAUCUGCAAGGUUGCCGCGGUGACGCUGACUCACGAGCAGAUGAUUGACCUGCUGAGGACGUCGGUCACGGUCAAAGUGGUCAUCAUUCCGCCGUAUGAAGAGGGGGGACCUCGCAGGGGCUGCACAGAGGACUAUGAGAUGAAGACGAUGGAGCAGAAGCCAGAACCUGAGCCCCUGGCUGCUGGCUACAGACCUUCCCCUCGGCCCACCUGGAGAUGGGACAGCCCGCCGAUUCCACCAGGACUCCACAGCACUCCCAACCCACAACGCUGGCCUCAAAUGGGCCCCCCUCCGCCGCAGCGCUCCCACAAGACUCUGGUACCUGUUCCCUACAGAGACCCCCAGCAGUUCAACCCCAAGAGGCCAGUUAGCUACCCAGAGAACCACUACACCAUGUCGCCUGCAGGGGGCGACAGAGCACUACCCUACAGAAACCCCUCAGCCAGUUUUUCCUCGCCCUCUUCAGGCCUGGUGCCGCUUUCUAACAUGGGACCUCCCACCAUCAACCCUGGCCCCUUCAUGCGCUACAAGCCUUCCUCAGACAGAUACGGAUCAGGGCAGCGCCCCCUGCUGCCGUAUGAACCGCACCUCACAGUCGACCUCGCCUCCAGCGAGUCCUCAUCAGGCUUCACCAGUCAGGACAGCACCAUUGAACGCUGCAAAACAGAACCACUCUGGCACGUCCCGGCGUCAUCCACUCGGCAGUCCGGUGGUGGAGGCAGCCAGAGGAGGAUGAGACAGGAUGUCGCAGGGAAGGACUCUCCAAACAGACAUUCAAAGCAGGGCGACACUCAAUACUCCAGCCACUCCAGCAGCAACACACUGUCCAGCAACGCGUCCAGCAGCCAUAGUGAUGAGCGCUGGUUCGACAGCGGAGACAGGGGAGUCGGGGAUGCUGCAGAUCCUGAACCUGACAUCAACAAAGGAGGGUCUAAUGACAGCGGCAUUGAUGCUCCUGCGCAUUACAACAACAGACACGUCUCCAGCAACCAGUCGCACAAGCCUGGCCUCUCGUCGGUGAUGUAUGGCGUCGCUCAGGAGACGUCCAUUGGACGGAGCAGCAGUGGAGGGGAAACCAAGAGACGGGAAUCAUCACCCAUGGUGUCUGCCUCAGCCCAUCAGAACAAAGGCUACAGAACACGAACAUUUCCUCCACCAGGAUCCAGCGGCGAAAAAAUGGAUGCUUUCAAACCAAGGGCCUACACACCUCAGGGGUACAAGACUCCUUCCACUGAGAAAACCCGACCCUCCCGAGCAGCAACAACGACCCCGACUUCUGCCUCUCUGUCCAGCUCCAGCCAGAAAGCAAUGUACGGGAAGACCCGGCAAACAAACUGGCAGCCUGAAGAUCUGGACUCGCCUCCAUCAAACAGUUACUCUGACAGCAGCAAGAAGCAGGUGGACACAAACUCCAAGAACGUUUUUGGGCAACCUCGACUGCGAGCGUCACUGCGAGACCUCCGCUCCCCACGCAGGACCUACAAGAGCACCAUCGAAGAUGACCUGAAGAAGCUCAUCAUCAUGGACAACCCUGGGGAGACGCCCGAGCGAGAGCCGCAGUCGCCCAGACGGACUCUACAGCGCACCUUCUCUGACGAGUCGCUGUGCAGCAGCGGUCGCAAAGACUCCAGCUACACCAUCACUGAGAACCAGUCGGCCCCCAUGGACGUGCUGUUCACCUGCACGCUGCCCACACGCAGACACGGCUCCUCCAGCCACUCGCUGGGAAAGAAAGUGCCUCUUUCUGCAUCUGAACUGUCUCUGACAGAAGUGAGAGAUAAAGUUCCCCCUCUGAGGAGGCUGGAUCCUGGCCUGAUGCCGCUGCCGGACACAGCCUGUGGGCUCGAGUGGUCCAGUCUGGUCAACGCCGCCAAGGUCUAUGAAGCACAACGAGCCGUCUCGCUCUUCUCUCUGACGGAGCCUUCUGCCGUUGGUGCCGACAAGAGACCCGUGGUCAGCCCUGUGCAGUUUCCCACCCCGCAGACCCCUCGCACCACCCCCACAUUCAGCAGUGAUGAAGUCCCCAACGAUUUGUCGGGCCGUCUCUACCACCUGGAGGUGAUGCUGAAGCAGCUCAACACCGACCUGGAGAGAGAGAAGCAGGACAAGGUGGUACUGCUGGCCGAGAUGGCCAACCUGAGGGAGAACAACCAGCGCCUGCAGGAGGAGAGUCAGACGGCCAGCGAGCAGCUGCGCAAGUUCAACAGGAUCUUCACCACCCUGAAGACGGAUGGCGAGCCACUCUCACUCGCCAACGACGCCCAGUCCCAGCGCGAGUGAGCGCCGCUCUCUGACCCACAAUCCCUUGCACAUAUACGAGGAGCUCAGAGGUCGUCUCACCUCGCCUGGACGCCUUAAACUGAAGAGCAGUGAAAUGUGAUUUCCUCCACCGGGAAGUUUAUUUUUAUAGACCGAAGAAAAAAAAGUUUCUCCACAUGUGCGGCUAAAAAUAAAUCUUAUCGCAGAAGGAGGACGUGACUGUUUCACCCGGAGAGGCCUAAUACUGUUCCUGCAGCAAAUCAGCCAAAAACUCCCAGAGUGCACUACAAGUUCAGGGGACUGUGAGGUCCAAAGCUCACAUAUCAGCAUCAUUUAUAUCAACCUGAUGUCCGCACUCGAGUGUGUGUGUGUGUGAUUGUGUGACACAGAAGUUGGAGUUGAAGUCGGUGUCCGACUUCUUUUUGACACUUCAAACCGGACCCUUUCAGUCACCUUAGAUCUCAAAUAAGAACAGCAGCGCCAACAGUUGCUGUGUAACUGGUUAAAAAACGUACCCAUAACUGGAUAACGGUCAUAUUUGGAUUUGAGUGCCUAUGGUGUUCAUGUAUAAGAUUCUAUAAGAUUCUCUACUAUAUCUGGAUUGCAAAAUUUUUUAAUAAAUGCGGAAAUUGUAAAAAGAUCUGCAUCUACCAGUGAUACUCCCGGCAGUUUCCUAUGUAGUCUCUGGGCAUCCGAGUGUCGAUGCACAUUUUCCUUGUGGACAAUUUUCCAAUAAUUCUUCACAUAAACUAGCGUUGUUCACUUGUAUAUGGAAGCAGUUUCUCUAACCACAAGGUUCUCAAAUACAAUUUUGUUUUUCAGUUUGUAACAAAAUACUGCCGGGAUGUUGCUGUUGUUAAUAUAAGCUACAUUUUAUAAGCUCCUCUACAUAAAUUGGAAUAUGCUAUAUUUUUCCGUUUUUCUUGGACCAAAAUCACCUGUAGACACUGAAUUGAAAAGCAUUUGUGGGUGAGAAAACCCUGUGACACGAUGGCUGGAUUUCUCUCGUCGAGUCGGUGAUUUUUGUAACUUGGUACUGCGUGGACGGUACACCUGCAGGAGCGUCUGCCAGUUUGGGUUUUACUGAUGCUGGUUUGGAUCUGGACCGGAGGCCACUUCCUGGGCUAACUGGAGCUGUUCCCCCUCCCCGCCUCCAAAUCUCUCAGGUUCCUCGAGAUGCUGGACAUUACACUGACAAACACUUGCGAACCGUUAUCCCUUUAAUAAUCCUGAUACUUUUUGUGGUGGAGUUCUUUUGAUCUGUGAGUUUCAUCAACUGGAAUUCCCCCUGCUUCACAGUUCCUGCUCAACUAUCAAACCUGCACUUCCCAAGUCGGCUACAACAUGGCUGAUCUUGUCAGAGACUGUUCACACAGAAUCACGAUCGGAUCUUCUCCCUGCUGUUCUUUCUGGUCUGAGUAUUUAAUAGAACACUCCAGUUAUUAAAGCAGCUUCAGUCUAUUUUAGUCUUAAUUCUUUGCUUGUGAACGACAAGCAGCCUUUGUAUAUGUUCUGUAUAUUUUAUUUAAAGCAUCUACAUGUUGAACAAAUCAGUAAUACACUAAGGUUAGUGGUUAAUUAAUAUUGUAUGACUAGUUUUCUUUUUCUUUUUUUUUUUUUUUAGAUGUUGAAUAUUUUGAUAAUUUAUUUUUUAACACAUCUCUUGCUGACCAGAGGGUACUAUGUGUGUAUGUGUGUGUGCUCCAAAAAACUUUAUAUACCGUCAAUUUCCUGGUUGUCUGUCUCUCCUUUGGGUUGUUUUGGGCUGUAAUAAGUGUACAUUUAAAAGUGUAAAUUAUGUUUUCAUCAUUUUAUAGAAAAAAAUAUUAAAAAUAUCUCUGAA